AUGGCUAGAGAUGGGGACGUGCCUACUAUUUUCAAUCCUAAGAGAGUACGCACGCCGUCUGUUAUAAUAACUAGCGAAGAAGUGGAAAGUGAGCAGGGCGGUGAUGUUGAGCGCGACCGUCCAAACGGGCCUCCGACGCCGAUAAGUCCUAGGGCGCCGCUGACUCCGCAGACUUCGGUGUCGUCAGCUCCACCCUUGACCACCCAGCCGUCACUACAGCAGGCCUACAGCGAAUCUGCAGCAAGCAGUCAGGAUGAAGAGCGCCAAUUACGAGAUAAGAAGUGCCCGCGUUCAUGCUGUUCCAAAGUAGCCAAAAAGAUUUACUAUGGCCUCUGUGUCACAACAACGAUUGUUGUUUCCUGGGUGACUGUCACCCAAUCCAUAAAAUACAUGUAUCUUCAGAAGUAUUCACAUGCGGACAUCUUUUUGGGUGGUACAGAAUCGCCAAUUAAUAAUAAUUAUACAUCUAGAAUUCCAACACAUCACCAUUUCAAUGCCCCAUUCUUCACUGCAUGGUUCUGUACAAACUGGCUUAUAUUUUUCUACCCUCUUUACUUAAUAAUUAUGCUUAUUCACAACAAAUGUAAAUCAGCUAAUACCAUUGUGGGUGAUGCUUUCACGGACUUUAAGGAAAAGGGAUUCACUUUUGCCCGAUUUCUAAGUCGUUGCGGUUUAUUCUGCUUGUUGUGGGUGGUGACCAUAUAUAUGUAUACAUAUGCCUUGAAGAUACUUCUGUCUACUGAUGUGGUAGCAUUGUUUGCUACUAAUGUGUCCUGUGUGUAUCUUCUAUCUUGGGUGAUACUCCAUGAGCAGUUUGUUGGUGUGAGGAUAGUGGCGGCCAUCCUGUGUGACACAGGUAUAGCUCUCCUAGCAUAUAUGGAUGGUAUCACGGGUAGUUCAACAUUGGGUGGUGUGGUGCUUGCCGCUUGUGCUGCCGCUGGGUUUGCUAUAUUCAAGGUACUGUUCCGUAAGGUGAUGGGCGAGGUGAGUAGCGGCCAGCGUGCGUUGUUCUUCUCUGUGCUGGGCGUUGUGAACGCGACCUUACUGUGGCCGGUCAGUCUUGCUCUAUGUCUGACUGGCGCUGAACAGCUACCGGCUUUGAGGAUGCCCUGGGUGCCGCUGUUGUUGGCCAGUGUUGCACUGCUUGUUUUCCACCUCGUGUUCCAGUUCGGCAACCUCAUGACCUACAACAUCUUCGUGUCCUUGGGGCUCAUAGCGGCCGUCCCAGUAUCUGCUGGUCUGGACGUGGUGUUGUACGGUGUUGAGUUCGAGGGCAUGAAGCUGGCGGGCAUCAUACUGAUAGCUGUGGGCUUCUUCCUCGUCAUGUUCCCUGACAACUGGCCCGACUACAUCAUGAGGUUGCUACGGUGGAGCAGAAGUCGCCAAACAGCGCAGGCCGGCGGCCGGCGUCGAGACGCCGUCGACUAUCGCACCGGGUACAUACGGUCACAUCUGAGGUCACCUUCGGGCAGGGUGCGUUAG